AUGCAUCGUUAUCAACCUCGAUUCCAUUUGGUUGUGCAUGUAGACCAAGCCAGUUCAUUGAACAGAAGAAAAACUUUUGUUUUUAAAGAGACUGCAUUUAUGGCUGUCACUGCUUAUCAAAAUCAUCGCAUUACAGAAUUAAAAAUCGAGAGCAACCCAUUCGCCAAAGGCUUCAGAGAUUGUAGUCUUCUGAUUAACAAUGAUUCUAAUCUAUCAGUUAAAAAUGCUUCUUAUCACGUCAACGCGAGUUUCAGGGAAUCAUUUGGUUGGUUAUCUCCUGAGUCUGCCUAA